AUGAAACUGCUUGGAGAAAACGAGACCGCGAAAAUCAACAGAAAGCUGUUGAAACCCCAGGUUGAACGGAGAAGAAGAGAAAGAAUGAACCGUUGUUUUGAGAGUUUGAGGAUGCUGCUCCUCCAGGGUCCUGAGCACCAGGCUCUGUCUCAACGCCGUGUGGAGAAAGCAGAAAUUCUGGAACACACAGUCCUCUUCCUACACAACUCCUCUGCUCAGACAAAAAGAACGACAGAUGAAAGAAGAGAGAGACACCCAUUUUUGGACGGCUUCUCCACUUGCAUGCAGGAAGCUGCUCGUUAUCUGCAGGAAGAGAAGGGUCUGGACGAUGCCUUGACCACGUCGCUACGGCAACGCAUGGCCUUCGUUUACUCCCCGCCCACCACGCCUGUGCCCGCUCAUGUUCAACCUGCACUGAGCAUGCCCAGAACCGAGAGCCAAGACUGCCAGCAACAGGUCUCCGACUGCAGGAAGCAUACUCACGCAUCUUCAUCAUUGUCUUCCUCAUCUCUGGGACUGCGGAAAGUUGUGCAUCCGUAUAGAGCCCCCCUGAAACAUGCAAAUCCCAACGCACUGUGUCAUCACUCAAACACCCAGUCGUCUGGUCGGCGGCCCCACUCCACUCAUCAGUCUGUGUGGAGACCGUGGCCCUGA